AUGCUGCUCUCAUGACUCAGUGUUGGGGUGAUCAUCCCGACGAAGACACGCGAGAGCGUAGAUUAAGCGAUUGUCUGUCAGCACUUCGUUAUCAGUUCCGUCAAACUUUUCACUUUUGUGCGUUCCCUCAUUUUUCCACAGUGACUUCCAAACAAGUGCUUCCGAAAACAAAGUUUUAAAAAAGUUUAGCCGCAGAGAGAGAGAAAAAAAAAUCCCAGUGACACGAUAUCGAAAUAUAAUUAUAUACAUUCGACCCGAAAUUACUUUUGUGUGAAAGACAUUUUCGAUCAAAAAUUGUGUUUGCGUGCUAAAGUUCGAUGUAUUUCAGACACGCGAGAUCGUUUGAAUCGAAUUUCUAAGACACAAAAAAGAGCACUUUAGGCACGUCAAGCUUCAUCCAAAGAUGAGACAUCGAGAGCUUCCACCGGCUAAUUAUUCCAUUGUGUUCUGUGUAUGAGUGCGUGUGUUGUUUGUGUCAAAAACAAAUGAUGAUCGUCGUUGUCGUAGCCAAAAACAAGUGACAGUAGUAGUUGUAAGCCCAAUUAAGUGAAUGAAGUGAAGGGGCUCUUAGUAAACCCAGUGAUGGUGUUGUCGCGGUCAAGUGGGUGAUUUUGGGGUUAAGUCCCGCGUUCACCACGGCGUUCCUAGCUAAGACCCCAGCACUGGCGGAUGUAGAAGAGAGGAUCCGCAUGCAGCCUACGGCAACGGCCUCCAUACCGCCCCCUGCGGAUAUGGACCUUCAGGCUAUGCAGUCUAUGGAUUGGCUCUUUAAAAAAGAACGGAUUUAUCUACUGGCGCAAUUCUGGCAGCAGAGAGCGACACUCGCCGAAAAAGAAGUCACAACGCUGAAAGAGCAAUUAGCAGGUACGAACGUGGGCUACGAGACGAAAGACGGAAACAUGGAGAAACCAAAUUUUGAAAGUGAAAUCGCUGCCAAAGACAAAGAGAUCACCCACCUUUUGGAGGAGGUACAACGACUCCAGCUCAGCAUAACCAAGCUGCAAGAGUCUUCCAUGUCGCAAAUCUCCAGGUUGGAAGACGAACUGGAACAGAAACGACAGCACAUUGUUCGACUAGAAAACAGGAUCGAUUUACAAAGGGACUACGAGGACCUCAAAAGAGAAAUCGGUAUCUUAAGGUCAGUUAACUUUUCGACUAACAACCCCGAAAGUAAAUCAGCCGAAUUCCUGGAGCGAGCAAGAAGCGAGGCCUCCGAACCACCUGUUACUCAAGACAAUGAAGGAGGUGCUAACCCGCCAUCAACACAACCUUCAGAGUCACCCUCCGAUCUUCCCAAAUCGCCACAAAACAGUUCCCUUCCGCCCCUAUUCCAAAACGUCGAGACAUUCGGCACGAUACUCGGCGAGGAGAUAGUCGCGACUUGGCGACGAAGCAUCGAACAGAUUACCUUAAAUAACCGAAUAAUACCCUCCUCACCCUCUGCAGAUGGCCCGCUAACGGUUUCGACGCCCGUCGUCGGCGACCUGACCGAAAAGAGCACGGCGUCGACGCCGCAACCGCCGUCCGAGCCGAUCAGCGCGCCGCAAGUGUCGCCGAACGAGCUGCUGCUUAACGGCAACCCGAAGACGCCCGAGGACAACAACAACCACCACCUCAGCAACAACAACGUCCCGUUAGCCGCGACCAUGUGCGCUGUGAAUAACUUUUUGCGCGGCGAGGACUCGCUCAAGAGUCCCUACCGGUUCGAGGAGCACAGAUCGCCGUUCCGCUUCUCGGAGGACCUCGGCCUGCCGCCCGGUUCCAUGGUCGGGAGGUUGGGCGAGAGCCUCAUUCCAAAGGGCGAUCCCAUGGAGGCGCGCCUGCAGGAGAUGCUCCGGUACAACAUGGACAAGUACGCCGCGCAGAACCUGGACACGCUGCACAUUUCCCGGCGAGUUCGUGAGCUACUCUCGAUUCACAAUAUCGGCCAAAGACUCUUCGCGAAAUACAUCCUCGGACUCUCGCAGGGCACCGUCUCGGAGUUACUCUCCAAACCGAAACCUUGGGACAAACUGACUGAGAAGGGCAGGGACAGCUACCGGAAGAUGCACGCUUGGGCGUUGGACGAACACGCUGUGAUGCUCUUGAAAUCCCUUAUACCAAAGAAAGACAGUUUUUCCUCAGGCAAAGAAACGGGGAUACCGAAUUUCGGACGUCCCGAAAGUGACCUGACCGACGAAAGAAUAGCACAUAUCCUAAACGAGGCGUCGCACAUCCAAAUGAAAACGCCGUGCGAGGACAGCCACAGCAACGAGGACUCGAAAUCGCCGCACGGGCAGUGUUCCAGUCCGUUCUCGCGCGAACUGCAGAAGCAGAAGCUGAAGAAGUACGAAAACGACGAUAUUCCGCAGGAGAAGGUGGUGAAGAUCUACCAGGAGGAGCUAGCGAAGCUGAUGGGAAAACGGAUCGAGGACUUUCGACGGGACCCGUUUCCUGGUAUGUUUUUUCCGCACCUGUUUAGCGGGGCUUCCAUGGAUCGGACGCAGGAGGAGAUCCGCAUGGCGCUCGACGCUUACCAUCGGGAGCUGGCGAAACUGAACCAGUGCCAGAACCCGGCCCAGAUGACAAACUUGGGUCUUCUGGCCUUGCAGCAGCAGGCCCUCGUGCAUCAUCACAACCCUUCCGUAAACGGUGGCGCACAAGACUUAUCUCUUCCAAAAGACAAACCAAAGAUGGUCAACGGUAUCGAAGACAAAGAAAAAGACUGUGACGAUAGUGUAAAACAUUCGGGUAGUGCGUUUAGUUUAGUUCGACCGAAAAUUGAACCGGGAACGCAAUCGCAAACGACGAGCUCGACCGCUUCUAGUCCCCUAAGUAACAGUAUUUUACCUCCGGCAAUGACCCCAACGGACGAUUUUGCAACGUCGGCAGCUGCAAGUCCCCUGCAACGAAUGGCUUCCAUAACAAACUCCCUCAUAUCGCAACCUCCGAGUCACCAACACCACCCUACGAGUCAGCGACCACUAAAAGCAGUUCUUCCCCCGAUCACCCAGCAACAGUUCGACAUGUACAACAACCUGAACACGGAGGACAUCGUCAAAAAGGUCAAGGAACAACUGAGCCAAUACUCCAUAAGCCAGCGGCUUUUCGGCGAAAACGUGCUCGGAUUGUCGCAAGGGUCCGUCAGCGAUCUUUUGGCGCGACCGAAACCGUGGCACAUGCUCACACAGAAAGGACGCGAGCCCUUCAUCCGCAUGAAGAUGUUCCUGGAGGACGACAACGCCGUGCACAAGCUAGUGGCGAGCCAGUACAAAAUCGCCCCCGAGAAACUGAUGCGAACCGGCGGCUACGGAGGCACACCGUGCGGCACGCCUCUGGGCAAGCCGAUGCCGCCGACGCAAAAGAUGCUGAGCGAAGCGGCCGGUUUCCUGAACAAAAUGCAAGAGAACCAGAACCUCCUACCGCCGUCCCUCCAGAUGGUUUCGCCCCAAAGCCAAAUGCCGCCAGGUCACGGGCAACCCAUGCUGUUAACACCUCCGGGAAUACCUCCGCAGCACACCAUCAGCCUGCAACAGUCCGAUCACCACAUGAAGAAGUCGAGCCCGCAUGGCAUUCCACACUCGCCGCUAUCCCAGCACCAGAAUAAUCUGCGCAACUUAAACCCGCACAUAUCACCGAGCGUCUACGAGAUGGCGGCGCUAACGCAAGACCUGGACACGCAGGUGAUUACCACCAAGAUCAAGGAGGCGCUUUUGGCCAACAACAUCGGACAAAAGAUCUUCGGCGAGGCGGUCUUGGGGCUGUCGCAAGGAUCGGUGAGUGAGCUUCUUUCCAAGCCGAAGCCUUGGCAUAUGCUGAGCAUUAAAGGUCGGGAGCCGUUCAUUCGCAUGCAACUGUGGCUGAACGACACGCACAACAUCGAGAGGCUGCAGCUGCUGAAGAACGAGCGUCGCGAGGCGAACAAGCGACGGCGGUCCACCGGGGCCGGCGCUCACGACAACAGUUCGGACACGUCCUCCAACGACACCUCCGAAUUUUACCAUUCCAAUUCUCCUGGCCCCGGUCCACCAUCCGCGAAGAAGCAGCGCGUUCUCUUCUCCGAGGAGCAGAAGGAGGCGCUACGAUUGGCGUUCGCGCUCGAUCCCUACCCGAACGUUGCCACAAUCGAGUUCCUGGCGACCGAGUUGGGACUUUCAAGCAGGACCAUAACGAACUGGUUCCACAAUCAUCGGAUGCGCUUGAAACAGCAGGCGCCGCACGGAAUGCCGACCGAUGUUCCGCCCCGAGACCAAAGCGGCAAUCAGGCGCCGUUCGAUCCUGUCCAGUUUAGGCUGUUAUUAAACCAAAGACUACUAGAGUUAUCAAAGGAACGGAUGGGCCUCAGCGGAAUACCCCUCCCCUACCCGCCCUACCUCUCGACCAAUCCGAACCUGGCCGCGCUCAUCGGCCGAGGCCUGCUGCCCUCGGGCGACAUGGACCUCUCCAUGCUCGGCAGCGUCGUCAAGGAGCAGAUGAGCGGGCUCGACCUGUCGAUGACCUCCCUGAAGCGCGAGCCGGACGACUUCGAGGACGACGUCGAGAGCAACGUCGGAUCGGAGGACUCGAACAUGUCGGGCAGCCUGCACGGCGGCGACGUCAAGCACGAGCCCAAGGAGACGCCUCUGGCGCAGAUCGCGCGAUCGUCCAGGCGGAAACCGGCGGCGCCCCAGUGGGUCAACCCCGAGUGGCAGGACGAGAAGGAGAAGCAGUCGUCGGCGGGCAACGAGGUCAUCAUAAACGGCGUGUGCGUAAUGCAGACGGAGGACUACGGCCGAAGGAGCUCGGAGGAGACGGUGCGCGUCGAACCCACCCCCGUUAUGGAUAGGUUCGAGGACGACCAAAGUGACACCUCCUCGGUCAAUAACGACAAUGAUAAUGACGCGCGCGUCGAACACUGUGAGAAAGACAACGAGGAGGAUAAUAAAAAUAGUGAGUUCGAUAACGUGCACGACGAUAGUGACAAACCGAUUAAACACGAAAACGAAGACGAACGGUGGGAUUAUUGAAAAAAAAGGUAAAUCGAAUUAGUCCGGUCCUGGUAAUGAACAGUUUUUCUAUCGGGAAUGCAUGUGGUUGUUUCCAGUUGUUGUAUAACAAAAAUUAAAAAGUGCAAUCAGAACGUAAAAAUUACCCCAAGUUAUUUAUUGUGAUUUAAAUAGUAUAUUAUUCAGUUUUUUGUUAAUAUUAAGGUUUUGACCGUUUUUAUUCUUUUUUUUUCCUAUUUAUGUAGUUAUAUAUAAGACUGUUACCAUAUUAUAAAAAAAGAAGUACUAUUAGCCACUUAUAAUCAAAAAAAUGGCUACUUGCAAAGCAAAAUGUUUGAAACAAUGUGAUACUGCUUAUUAUUCUAUCGUUUUAUCCAAUUACGUGCUUUCCAAAUAAAAAAGGCCAAAUUGCAAUUAGUUUUUAAGAUCUAUUUCUCUGUCGUCGAUUAUUUCUGAUAUUUAUGAAUAUAUUUAGGUGUUUUAUUAGCGUUUUUAGUUUUUUUGUACAUAAACGGGUUAAGAAAUCCGCUAGGAUAAAAGUUAGUUUUUAAAGUUAUUAGACCAGCAGGAUUACCAUUUAUUGUUAUAUAUUGCCAUUAAAAAAAUGAAUAUUUUUGUUAUAUUAAUCAGUUUUUUUUCUUCUAGUCUUCAAAAGAUGGGCAUAAUUUACUUUCUUAGCCGCUGUGGCCAGUAAGUCACACGAAAUGUAAUUUUUGAUCUGUGUUCUUAGUAGAUCUCAUCGAUUCGUAUUAGGUAACAAUUCAUUUCUCAGAUUGAAACGUAUUAGAUAUUAAAAUAUACAAAGCAUAUCGAUAGGCGUAUGAACAAAUUUUGUAAAAUUACUAAUCCACCCAUACCAAAAGAUUUGUUUUUUUUUAUAUAAUGUACGGUAGCACAAAUCAUCCAAAAAAAGAAUCUUUAAUAUAGUGCAAUAUUUUAACAUUACAACUUUAUAAUUCGUAUAUUUUUGGCAAUAUGUGAAAAGUAUGAAAUUAAUGUAAUUCUUCCAUUUGCGUCAUAUUCAAUGUACACACAUUGCAAUAUAAAAAACAUGAUACGUAAACUCUUACUGUGGGAGUUAUUAGAAAAUAUGUAUAGAUGCACAUUUUUAAAAAUUACAUGUAGCAUUACUUAGUCAGGUUUUAUUUGUUGUAGACAAAAGUGUUUAUAUUCUUUUAAAAAUGGAGUAAAGCGAACUUUCGAAACGCGAGCAUUGUCACUUUCGAAAGCUCGCUUUACGGUUAUUAUUGUAUAGUUUUAUAAAAUAGUGUCGGAAUAUUUUACUUAGAUCAUAGAUCUGAUCAUUUCACAGUUGUAAAUAUUUAUAAUCAUAUCAUUAUCUCCUUUUAAAGUUUCUAAAUUAAAUAUUCUCUGUAUUUAAAAUAUAAUGUGUCCCAUUUAA